AUGACUAUUGACCAUCCAGAACUUACUAAUUCUGAGAAUAUAAGGAUCAAGGAUGAUGAUAAAUCGUGGUUUAACCAGAUAAAACUUUACAAACGACCAUUAUUACAUUUUAACAAGGAAUACAAUGACAUUUAUAUAACAAAUAAGGUACCACUGUGUGUUUACUAUAAAAGAGCAAUACAAUUACUGAGAUGGCGCCUUUCUGACUUAUUUUCUCUUGCGGAGAAGGAAUUCAUCUCUAAAAACAACAUAAAUCCGAAAACAGGCUCCAUAGCUAAUAAAAAUGGCAUUACAUUAGAAUAUACCAGGCAAUAUCUCCACAGUAACAGCGUUUUGUAUAGCGCCGAUGCCCGUAUCUCACCGAAAAAAAAAUGCGACGGCGCUCUUUCCAUUUACGCUGCAGGGUCAUGCAUAACCAGGGCUCUAUAUCUUCUACAAGAUAUUUUCGACUAUGUUAGAUGUGUUUACUUGGAAGGUGAAGCCAAAUUGAAUGGCAAAGUCACGAAUAUCGUUUGUGAAGGUUGUAGGAGAGCGACUGAACCAAAAUUUCUUAAAGAAUCAAAGGAAAACACAAAUAAUUCAAAUUGUAAAAGCUGUAAGAAACUAGUAAAUGGCUAUUUGGAAGAUAUGAUAAGGAGAAUCAUUGAUGUUUCUGUAGACACUGGAUCCAUUAAAUGCGUUGAUGAUGUAUGGAAAUUUGAAUCGUUCGAGGAAAACUUGGAAACUUUUCCCAAGUUUGAUUUAUUUUCCUCUUCUGGUGCUAAAGUUACUACUUUUGAAAGGCAACGCAUCAUAUCAUCAAUAAAAAUCGCUAUAAACAUUCCUACUUGCUUGGAUUAG